CCGCGGCGAGUUCAGGCACAGCGGCACAGCGCAACAUCUGCGCGCUGCCUCCCCAGGAGAUCUGCUAACCUCUAGGCGAGACUUCUGCACUCCCCCCUCCUCCCCCCCCACCUCCGCUGUCUCUGUCCCUGCCCACGUCCUCUCUCCGGUGUCUCCGGGCGCGCGCCGCCAGUCGGUGGUCUCGUGCGCACGGACACUUUCUCCACAUUCCGGCGCGCCGCGCUCGUCGUUUGGCUCCCACGAAGAAUCCACGGGCUGCCUCCUCCUCUGAGGGGUUCAUCAAUUAGUUUUUUUUUUGUUGGUAGUUUUUUUUUGGGGGGGGGGGGUCGUUGCGCUCGGACUGAAGAGCAAUGCGCUGCGGGCUCGCGGGGAUUUAGUGUCGUGACAUGCUUUCAGGACCCGGCGUCUCCACGAGGAAAUGGGACUCUCUGCAUGUAUGGUUACAUGAACGUCAGCGCUGCAGGCCAGAUGCCGGUGAUGGAGGAGCUUGUCAGUGAGAGCGACAGCAUGCCAAAGCGGAUAGCUCUGAUCGGCUUCCUGUCUCUCGUCAUGCUGAUGAGCAUCCUGGGAAACCUGCUGGUCAUGGUGGCCGUCUGCAAGGACCGACAACUCAGGAAAAUCAAGACCAACUACUUCAUCGUGUCUCUGGCGUUCGCCGACCUGCUGGUCUCGGUGCUGGUGAUGCCGUUUGGUGCCAUCGAGCUGGUCCACCAGCACUGGAUCUACGGCGAGACCUUCUGCCUGGUCCGGACGUCUCUGGACGUCCUUCUGACCACCGCGUCCAUACUGCACCUGUGCUGCAUCGCCUUGGACAGGUACUACGCUAUCUGCUGCCAGCCUCUGGUCUACCAGAACAAAAUGACGCCCAUGCGAGUGGCCCUGAUGAUGGGCGGCUGCUGGGUUAUUCCCACCUUCAUCUCCUUCCUGCCCAUCAUGCUCGGCUGGAACAGCAUCGGCAUCGACCACCUGAUUGAAGAGCGGAGCUACAGCGAGGGCACCAACUCCACGUCCUGCGUCUUCAUGGUGAACAAACCCUACGCGCUCACCUGCUCCGUGGUGGCCUUCUACAUCCCCCUGGUCCUCAUGGUGCUGGCCUACCAGAGGAUCUACGUCACGGCCCGCGCUCACGCCCUGCAGAUCGGCGUGCUGCAGCGGGCGGGCGGGGGCGGCGGCGCCUCCGGGGUGGGCGCGGACUCCGCCGACCACCAGCGCAACCACCGCAUGCGGACGGAGACCAAGGCGGCGAAGACGCUGUGCAUCAUCAUGGGGUGUUUCUGCCUGUGCUGGGCGCCGUUCUUCAUCACCAACGUGGUGGACCCCUUCAUAGACUACACGGUGCCGGACAAGCUGUGGGCGGCCUGCCUGUGGCUGGGCUACAUCAACUCCAUGCUGAACCCCAUCCUCUACGCCUUCCUCAACAAGUCCUUCCGCCGUGCCUUCCUCAUCAUCCUGUGCUGCGGGAGGAAGAGGUACCGCCGGCCGUCCCUGCUGGGCUCCGCCGCCCCCUGCACGGCCACGCAGGUCAACGGCUCCGCGCAUGUGCUCAACGGCUGCUCCUCUGCCUCCAAGCUGCUGCUCUGGUUCUGCAACACCAGGCCAGUGCCUGUCUAGCUGCAGUGUGUGUAGGGCGUCUCAAGGCUCUAUCAAGUAUUCCGUCCUUCAGAACGGGAACCACUCGGAGCAGAAGAAGAAGAAGUCUCUGCCAGAGAGAGAGUCCCACGAGUCCUGCUUGUGACCUCGGUCACGUCGCCGAUGACCGCGGCUCUCCAGGCGCCACCCGCCCACUCAGCCCAAAACCACACGCCCCCAACGCAGCAGAUCCCCCCCCCCAAAAAAAACAACAAGAGCCCCAGUGGGACCUGGACAGGGGUCGGGGUGAUCCAGGGGAAUCUGACUUUUUCAAAGUUCAGUCCAAACCUGUGCUCCUCAAGGUGGGAGGGGGAGGGGGCCCAGGGGACUGGAACCGAACCACUUCUCUGUCUUUCCGAUGGCUCCCACGUCUGCCCCCGGGACUGAGGGGGCGAUCUGCGGGUUGUGGUGAUUAUUGAAUCACGUGACGCUCCCUGUUGUUGCAUACAAACAAAGUCCAAACAAAGUUGGCCAAAAAACUAACAAGCGAUAU